AUGGAUGAGAAAGGUGACCCGAGCAAUGACGAAGUGCCCAAGGCCAUCAAGCCCACCAGCAAAGAAUUCAGGAAAACAUGGGGCUUUCGAAGAACCACCAUUGCCAAGCGAGAGGGCGCUGGGGACGCCGAGGCUGACUGUCUAGAGCGGCAGCCCCAGCAGCAGCAGAGCCUGUCCUUGCGCCGCAGCGGGAGGCAGCCGAAGCGGACCGAGCGGGUGGAAGAAUUUCUUACGACGGUCCGACGACGAGGGAGGAAGAAUGCGCCUGCCUCGCUCGAGGAUUCUGGUGAACCAGCGUCUUGUCCCGUCACAGACGUGGAGACGGCGUCCGAAGGCAGCGUGGAGAGCACCUCUGAGGGGAAGGGCGGGCCCACGGCGGGCUCCGCGGGUGACAAGGGACGGCCUGCCGCCUCCGCAAAGGCCAAAGGGGGUGAGGACGAGGACGACACCUCUGACAGUGACAGCGACGGGCUGACUUUGAAGGAACUGCAGAACCGCCUGCGAAGACAGCGGGAGCAAGAGGCGGCCGGCAGGCCCCCCAAGAGCCUCCAGAGCCGCCUGAGGAGGAAGCGCCGGGAGCAGGAUCCCCCGCAGACCGUGGACGUGGAGGCAGGCGGUGCCACGGAGAGCGUGCUGCCCCGCACGCAGGAGCCCGAGGCUGAGCAGGGUGCGGUGUCCCAGGCCGAGAAAGACUGUGGAGAGAGGGAGCUGGAAGGGAAGGCUCAGGGAGCCGGAGACCCUGGGGACGUGGGCCGGCAGAAGCCCGAGUGUGAGGCCUAUGAGCCCAACGCUCUGUACUGCAUAUGUCGUCAGCCGCACAACAACAGGUUUAUGAUUUGCUGUGACCGAUGUGAAGAAUGGUUUCACGGCGAUUGUGUGGGCAUCUCUGAGGCCCGGGGACGGCUUCUAGAAAGGAACGGCGAAGACUACAUCUGCCCAAACUGCACCAUUCUGCAGGUGCAGGACGAGCCGGACUCAGGAAGCGCGGUGCAGCAGGAGGCCAAGUGCGGGCCGGCGGGCGCCGACGGCACCGACUGCACGAGCAUAGGGACAGUAGAGCACAGGUGCGGCGAGGACCAGGGGAUCAAGGGCAGGAUCGAGAAGGCUGCGAACCCCAGCGGCAAGAAGAAGCUGAAGAUAUUCCAGCCCGUUGCAGAGGCUCCUGGUGCCUCAAAGUGUAUUGGCCCUGGGUGCUCUAACUUGGCGCAGCCUGACUCGGUUUACUGCAGCAGCGACUGUAUUCUCAAACAUGCUGCUGCUACAAUGAGAUUUCUAAGUUCAGGUAAAGAACAAAAACCAAAACCGAAAGAAAAGACCAAGACGAAGCCAGAAAAGCUCAUUCUCCCGAAAUGUAGCGUUCAGGCAGGCAUUAGAAUCUCUGCUAUGCACAAGAGACCGGCUCCAGACAAGAAAGAGAACACCGUGAAGAAGGCAAUGGUGGCCCCGUCGAGGAGUGAGGUCCUCAUGAAGGAAACGACCAGUGAAGGCACGCCGUCCUGGGCAAGCGACCACAAUUACAAUGCAGUAAAGCCAGAACAGACUGCUGCCCUCUGGCCGCCACUGUUGUAUAAAUGUAUGUAUCACCUAGGGGUACGUCUGGACCCUUCCUGGUGUUUCUGGACAGCCGUCACUCAGGCCUGUUCAGGACCAGGAGCUCUAGCCAUAUUUAAUGCUGCACCUGCAAAGACAGAAGCAGAUGCCUGAGCCCCACGUACCUCGAGCCCUGUGCACCUCCUCAGUCUGUUGGCCCUUCCUGUCAGUUCAAACCUCAAAAAGCUGUACAAACCUCAUUGGUAAAUGUCUCACCUGGCAACC